AUGACGCACCAAAGCCCAGAUCAAGGAGGACAAACAGCGUGCCACAGACCGCAGGCUGCACAGGAAGCCAAUUUGCAGCGUGGAAUUGAUUGUAUCGCAAGCAUUGAGGCUGCCAUGGAGGUGGAGCAGGGCAUCCAGGUGACUGCAAAAGUGAAGCCAGUAAAGCCUCGUGCUAGGCCAGUCAAGAAAAAGACAGAUAAGGUAGGUGCAGCUAGUGAACUUACCUCUGGGAGUCUGUCUGUGCCUCCAGCACCGGCUCAGAGUCAAGGUGGCAUCAAGGGCCAGGAUGCUGGUGAUCUGGGUGAAGGAGAUGUUGAAGUGGUUAGGAACAAGGUUGCAAAGCCGCCGAAGAAGAUCAAGAAGGUGCAUGAGGCAAUCGGUGCUACAAUCCUUGGAAGCGAUCAGCGAGUCAAAGGGACUGGUGGUUCUGUUUUGUCAGUGACAACCCUGAAGACAAGUCAGACUGCAGCAACCACAGUCUCACUUGCAAAAGACCCACCCCUUUCCUUGAUGGAUUCGUCAGGCGAUUCCGUAUCGGACAAUGGCGAGGAUGGAGGCAAUGGCAAGGACGGAGGCAAUGGCGAGGACAGAGGCAAUGGUGAGGACGGAGGCAAUGAAGAAGAUAGAGAUGGGGAUGAUGAAUAUUUUGAAAAGCACCUGUCUACUGAUAUAAAAGGGAAGCUGGGAAUGAAGUCUAUCGUACAGAUCGCUGAGAGUUCAGAUGACGGAUUUCAACAGGCUGACAUAGUAAGAUUUGCUCUGGAGCAGGCCCGGCAACCUCGUGCAGUCUCGUCCACAAAGAGAACGAUUGAGGAGGCCGAGUUGAUAGGCUCCUCCAAAGACAACAAUCAAGACGAUGAGGAGGAGGAGGGGGGGAGGAGGAGGAGGGAGGAGGAGGAGGAGGAGUUCAUUAUUGACCCUAUGUUAGUCUAUGAAGAAUCUUCCUCGAUCACAAGGGUCCCCGAGAAAACGCACACUACUACAAAGGCAAGUCUUCUUGAGAAUUGGGCUUUCCUCUAUGAGGAUCUGGAGAAUCGCGACCCCAACAAGAUCUACCGGUCGGUGUUCAUGAUAGAAAUGAUCGAGUCUGCUCACAUCAACGCAACUGCUGGAUUCCUCAAUGUACCGGCACUAGACACAGACACACUACAAGUGAAGGGCAUCCAAGCUAUAAUCGCUGCAAGUGCUGCUGCAGUAGGUCAUGUCUGUUAA